AUGAAAAAGAAAUAUUUGGUUUAUAUGGUACAGGUCCACUCCAAUUUUCGAAGAGCCGAAUUAGAAUCACUAGCAGAUCUGUACCAACUGGAGAUUGAUUUUAGCAGCUAUCGAGAUGAUAGUCCAUUCUUUGUUGUUGAAUUAGAGGACGACAAGGCGGCAAGCGAUUGGAUUAAGAGGUCUAUCUUAAGCAGGGCUAUAUAUGAAUAUUGGGGGGAAGGUGAUAACCUUCAUGAACUGCACGAGUCAAUACGAGGGCAGCCGUUUUAUGAGAAGUACAAGUCCGAUAACCGCACCAAAACAUUUAAAUUUGAGUUCGAAUCAUACAGGGGAUCAAGCAAAGCGAACAGAGUGAAACAGAUUGAAUCUUUCUCAUAUGUCGAAUUCCAAGGCAAGAUAGAUAUGAAGAGGCCACAAGAAAUCUUUACUGUCAUAGAAGAAUAUGAACCAAUAUCAGAUAAUCUACCUGGAACGGUGCCAAUAAAGUUAUUUUUUGGGCGCUUAAUUCAGUGCAGUGACCGUGCUGCGGUAGAGAAGUAUGAUCUGAAGAAAAGACCUUACAAAGGUACCACGAGUUUUGAAGCGGAGUUGUCUCUGGUAAGCGCAAAUAUAGCGCAGGUCAAGCCUGGAAGUAUAAUGUAUGAUCCCUUCUCUGGUACAGGCUCAUUUUUAUGCUCUGGUGGCCAUUAUGGUGCACUUGUGAUUGGCUCUGACAUUGAUGGUAGAAUGAUUAGGGGUAAGGGUGCCCAGCAUAAUAUUAGCACAAACUUUGAGAUGUAUGGAGAUUCCGCAAGAUUUUUAAAUGUGUUAACAAUGGAUUUUACACAUAAUGCGCUACGGAGAACCCUUGUGAUUGACACUAUACUAUGUGAUCCACCGUAUGGUAUUAGAGAAGGAAUAAAAGUUCUUGGUGCAAAAAACCCGGAGAGGUUUAUUGGUAAAGAGAAUGUUGAAAUUGAUGGCACGAAAGCAUUUGCACGCCGUGAUUAUAUUCCAACAAAGAAACCAUACUCAUUGGAUGCAUUAUUGGAUGAUUUACUCCAAUAUGCCUCUGAGCGAUUACCUGUGGGUGGCAGACUAGCAUUUUGGAUGCCAACAGCAAAUGAUGAGAAUAUAGAAACAAUCGUUCCGUUGCAUUCCAAUUUGGAACUGAGAUACAAUUGUGUUCAAGAAUUUAAUAAAUGGUCCAGAAGAUUGUUAGUGUAUAUUAAUAGAGGUUCUGAAUAUUCUGGUAAUGAAAAUAUUGGUCAAAAGAGAUCGCAAGCAAAUUUCAGAGAUCGUUAUUUCAGUCAUUUUAAUUAA